GUGGGGAACGGCGAUCGACCAAACAAGCGGCCGCGAUCGACUAGUAGGUCGCGAACGACUGUUUGGCCACUUCUGCGGCAUACAAGGAAUGACAGCAGCACAGGCUUCCAGAUUUCAUCAAGAAAAACUGCUUUCAAAUUUGAUUGAUAUGGCAAAUAACGCCAUAAAUCCAACACAGCGAGCUAUGGAACACCUUUGGGAUGUAUGGCGGCAGGAAAAGCACGGCAGUGUUGGUGGGGAGAGUAUGUUUACCCAAAUUGAAAAAUAUGCAGCUGACAAUCCAGGUACCAUAAUUGAAAUUCUGAGAGAAGGGGACAACUUCAUUAUUGUUUUAGUAACAGAGUUUUUGCUCAGAGUUCACAAAAACAUGAGAGAGGCUUGUGAAGUGGUGUUUGUUGACACAACAACCCAUGUCGACCAGUUGAAUACUGCUGUGACUCCACUUCUCUGUGGGGGCCCUUGUGGGGCUCUUCCCUUAGGUGUAAUCUUCACAUCUUCCCAAGCUGAACAGAGUUAUACCAAAGGUUUUCAACUGCUCAAGAAGGUCUUAGACAAAAGUGCUUUUUAUUAUCAAAACUAUCCAAACUGCUUCAUAACUGACAACAGCGAGGCAGAGCGGAAUGCACUUCGAACAGUCUGGCCGGACUCUCAGCUUUUCCUUUGUGUGUUCCAUGUCCUCCAGCAGGUCUGGAGGUGGCUUUGCAAUGGGUCACACAACAUCAAAAAGGAACAACGUCCACAACUUAUGCAAGUAGCAAGGGCCCUUUUAUAUGCUGACUCAGCUGAGGGUAUUUAG